AUGGYGCGGGGCGCCCGGCUGCCCCCUGCGUUCUGGAACCUUCUCCCGGUGCGACCCGGCCUCCCCGUGUGGAGCAUGGCGGUCGCCUUGGGCGCAGGCCUCGCUGCAGGGAGCCCCUUUGGUGCGGGGCCCGGGCAGCCCGUGGGACGGCUGAGCCGAAAACAGGGCCUGUUUGAUGCAGGGAAUGUUUUGUCAGGAUUUCCCGAAGAAAGGGGGUAUCCCCAGCUUCAUGAAAGUACCAGGACAAUUCCACACAAAGCGGCAGUUCAAGGAACUGGAGGGAGCCAAAUGGCAAGAGUGUUAGAGCAGCAGGACUCCCCGGGAGACGCAGCCCUCCUGACUGGCCAGCCCCGCGCAGCAACAGGCUGCAGGGUUCCUUCCUUCAGCAGCGCCUUACGAGAAGGAUUAAGGAUAAAGAUAUUUAUUUUGUGGCAGUGGGGUUCUGUUCCAAGUAUUUCAGCUGUUGAUGUAGAGAGAUGUAGUCUGAACAAGUAGCAAGCACCGUCUGCCUUAAAUGCUAAGUUCACAUCUCCUGCAAAUCUCAAAGCUUUUCUAGAGUCACAUCCUGAAAUCGUCUUUUCUKCUGUUCUAGGGAAUGGGCCCCAUCAUGAUCGAAGCAGCAUUUACGACCCAAACAACGUAGUAGAUGGAGUUUACUGCCUCCCAAUAUCGCACUGGAUUGAAGUCUCUGGACAUACUGAUGAGAUGAAACAUACAACUGACUUCUAUUUUAAUAUUGCAGGACAUCAAGCUAUCCAUUACUCCAGAAUUCUGCCAAACAUCUGGCUGGGAAGUUGUCCUCGACAGGUGGAGCAUGUGACUGUCAAGCUAAAACACGAGCUGGGUAUUACAGCUAUAAUGAACUUCCAGACCGAAUGGGAUAUUGUGCAGAAUUCCUGGGGUUGCAACCGCUACCCAGAACCCAUGAGCCCUGAAAUCCUCAUGAAACUAUAUAAAGAGGAAGGUCUUGCCUAUGUCUGGAUGCCAACCCCAGACAUGAGCACUGAAGGAAGGAUACAGAUGUUGCCCCAAGCGGUGUGCCUCUUGCACGGGCUUCUUGAGAACGGCCACACUGUCUACGUGCAUUGCAAUGCUGGCGUGGGCAGGUCCACAGCUGCGGUCUGCGGCUGGCUGAAGUACGUGAUGGGAUGGAGCCUGCGCAAAGUGCAGUACUUCGUGGCUUCCAGGAGACCGGCUGUCUACAUAGAUGAGGAAGCUCUGAUUCGUGCUGAAGAUGAUUUUUACCAGAAGUUUGGACCUCUUCAUUCCUCGUGCAAACUUCAAACCUAGAAAAGUAGAGGAGGAGAACAAAAGCGAAGAGGGAUCCUCACGUGUCAACCCCAAGGAUUUAGAGUUCACGAAUCUCAGUCCUGUCUCUUCUCUUCAGAUUACAGGCUUGUCUUAAAUGUCCUGAGAAUUUAACUAAAAAAUGCCUCUGAGUGGUUUUUUUUUUUGCCCCUUUUAAGCUGCUGCAAUUCAUGCCUUCAAGCUUAUUGCUGCAAGUAUGAGAGGCAGAGACUGUGUAAAAGGGAAACAAAGAUUCUCAUUUAAUAAUUUGCCUGUAGAAACUAAGGUUUGAUGGUAAACACUAAAUAAGAGAAGAUUUGAUAUAAAAUAAUGAAAGUUGGCAACACUGCAAUGACAAGAAAGUGAAGGUGUUCUCCAAAACACAGUUGCAAAGGUUGACUGGUUCAAUGUUCAGGUUAAGAGAGAGCUGAUAGUCAAAGCUGCUCAGAUAUUGCAGGUAGAAUGUGCAUUAUUCACGUGUUUUGUACUGAUUUUAUAAAGAAAUUGUAUUAAUGGGGAAGAUCAGAAGGAAAUGGAUUUUUGAACUGUAUUCUUUAAACAUAAACCUACUGUCUAUGCAGCAUUUUCUCUCUUGUUUACUGUAGAGUUCAUGUUAAAUAUUAUAACUAUAUUCUUUAAUAACUUUGAAGUUAUGCUGGAAUAUGGCAUGAAGAAAGGAAACAGUUCUGUUUAUGCAGGCUUAUUGCAAGGGAGAACUACUGUUUAUUGCAUUAUCCUAGAUGGUGAGGUUUCUAAACUGAAUAUACAUUUUGCUCUUCUGAUCUAUGCAGUAUUGUACAGUGAGCUCUCUAGGUGCUAUGUCAAUCUAUAUGGCAACCCMCAACAUAAACACAAACAAACAAAUAGAAUAUAGAGGAGGAAAAAGCUGAUGAGCUUUUACAUGGACCUCUUGUUACAAUACCAAGAACCAAGCUAAAAUUCUGAGCCAAAAGCUCAGUUUUGUUGACCUAGCUUAAUUUCUUCACAACAGCAAGAGUCUCUCAUUCUUGGGCAAGCAGCAUGUUGACAUUUGUAGAUGCUAGAUUUAGCCUAGGCAAGCUAAUGCUAGGCUAGCCCUAUGCUGAAUGGAAUGAAUAUGCUCUAUAGGAGCAAAAGCACAGCUCUAUAGAGGCAGUUCUCAGGAACUUAGCCUCAGUUGGCUAAUGUUGGUUUUGUAGAUGAUCUCUAAUAUUUUACCGUGCUCUUCAAUCCCUUAGCUAAACUAAGCAAUGACACCAAUAGCUUCCAGCCCUGCUCAGAUGAAACCAAUUUACUGUAGCUCAGGGCCAAGAGAGAGGGGAGAGAAAUCAUUCCCCAAAAAACAGAGGGCAUUGAGGAYUAAGGAUGCAUAAACAUUAAGUAAAUGUUUUCUAUAUAUUUAUUCUUAAGUGUUUUUUUCAGUCGAGCAACUUGUCC